AUUUACUUCUAAAUUGUCAAGAGCGCAUUUCCUCUACUCAACGAAGCAGCCAUUUUAUCUGACUCCUUUCUUUGCUCUUCUGCCAUCCUCGUGUAGCAAGAUUUAAAAAUGGUGAACUCCAAAGGUUAUCGUCGUGGUACUCGUCAUUUGUUCUCCAAGAAAUUCAAGGAGCAUGGUGUUGAACCCCUGUCAACUUUCUUGAAGGUGUACAAGAAGGGAGAUAUUGUCGACAUCAAGGGCAAUGGUGCCUUCCAGAAGGGUAUGCCAUUCAAAUUCUACCACGGCAAGACUGGUAGGGUUUUCAACGUCACACAACAUGCUGUUGGCAUCAUUGUCAACAAACAAGUUCGUGGAAAGAUCUUGCCCAAGAGAAUCAAUGUUCGUGUGGAACACAUCAACCACUCCAAGUGCCGUCAAGACUUCUUGACCAGAGUGAAGACCAACGAGAAGCUGAAGAAGGAAGCUAAAGAGAAGGGCAUCAAGGUGAAUGUUAAGCGUCUACCUGCCCAGCCAAGACCAGCUCAUUUCGUCUCCACCAAGAACAAUGAGCCAGUUUUCCUUGCUCCCAUUCCCUACGAGUUUAUUGCUUAAUUGUACAUCUUAAGCCUGAACUUCAAAUAAAAGUGGAUGGACCUCAA